UUUGCAGCGUCCUCUGAGUGUGUCUGGCAGCAGCGCAGCGUGAAAGCAGUGGGAAGCAGAAACACUAUGGCUGCCACUCUGUCUCUCACUCAGCUUUCCAGUGGAAAUCCCAUCUAUGACAAAUACUAUCGACAGGUUGAUCCGACUGGCAGUGGGCGAGUGGCGGCAGCUGAUGCAGCUCUCUUCCUGAAGAGGUCGGGUUUGGCAGACUUGGUCCUGGGGAAGAUCUGGGACUUGGCAGACUCUGAACGUAAAGGUGCUCUUAACAAACAGCAAUUCUUCAUAGCGCUGCGGUUGGUGGCCUGUGCUCAAAAUGGCCUGGAGGUGGCGCUCAAGAACCUUCAUGUGGCCGUUCCUCCGCCUAAAUUUCAUGACACAAGCAGUCCGCAGUUAGCAGUGGGAGCAGGUGGUGACCUUGCCUGGGUCGUCAAGCCCGAGGAGAAGAUGAAGUUUGACUCCAUCUUUGAGAGUCUGGGUCCAACAGGAGGGAUUUUAACCGGGGACAAGGUCAAACCUGUCCUGCUCAACUCCAAGCUGCCAGUGGACAUCCUGGGCAGGGUGUGGGAGCUCAGUGACAUCGACAGAGACGGCAUGUUGGACAGAGAUGAAUUUUCUGUGGCCAUGUAUCUGGUGUACAGAGCCCUGGAGGGGGAGCCUGUUCCCAUGUCCCUUCCACCCCCCCUGGUUCCUCCCUCCAAGAGGAAAAAACCCUCGGUGCCCCCCGUGAUGCCCCUGUUACCCUCGCCCCCCUCCGUCAAAGACAGUCGGUCCGCCCACGCUGCCUCUAAGACCAUGCCCCACCCCCCCAAACCCGCCCCAGCUCCUGUCCCAACACCAGCCGCCGCCCCUUGGGUGGUGUCGACGGCAGACAAAGCAAAGUACGAUGAGCUGUUCAGCAAGACAGACGGGGACAUGGACGGCCUCGUCUCGGGACCUGAAGUCAGAGACAUAUUCCUCAAAACCGGGCUGCCCUCCGCCACACUCGCACGGAUUUGGGAGCUCUGUGACAUCGGAGACAUCGGGAAACUGACCCGGGAGCAGUUUGCUCUGGCGCUUCAUCUGAUCAAUCAGAGGCUGACUAAAGGACUGGAGCCCCCGCAGAGCCUCUCCCCAGAGAUGAUCCCUCCAUCCGACCGACAGAACAUCAAACAGAACAACCUGGCGAACCUGGCCGCUGACUUCUCUGCCAUCAAGGAGCUCGACUCUCUCAGCAACGAGAUAGUCGAACUACAAAAGGAGAAGAUCACCGUGGAAGAGGAGAUCAAGGAAAAGGAGGAAGCCAUCAGACAGCGUACCAACGAAGUGCAGGACCUGCAGGAUGAGGUGGCGAAGGAGAGCGGGGAGCUGCAGCGACUCCAGACUCAGCGAGCGAAGGUCCAGGAGGCGUUAGAGGAGCUGGACCAACAGAAAGGCUCCCUGGAGGAGCAGCUCAGUCAUAUUCGCCAGCAGACCAACCAAGAGUCCAAUCUGAUUACGUCGCUGCAGUCGGAGCAUGAGGAGCAGGAGCACAAGAUCUGUCAGUUUGAGGAGGAGCUGGUUCAGGCCCGAGAGGAGCUGCUGUCUCUGCAGGAGGAGAGCAGGAGGCUGCAGGAGAAAGUCCAGGCAGCUCAGGAGCAGCUCACCCCUCUGCAGGAGUCCGUCAGAGACUCCUUCACACAGGUCGCACAGGUCCAGCAGAAACUGAACGACCUUCAGGUGGAGGAAAGGUCAGUGACUGCACAGCUCAGCUGGAAGAGAGCGCUGGAGGACAGCUCUCCCGUCAUGGUCAACGGAUCGGGUGGCCCCACUGCAGAGCUGCACCAGGGGGACCUCUUCCAGGACGACCAGCCCAAGGAGCUGAAGGAGGAAGAACCAGCGGCUAUUUUCUUUGAGCCGAAUGAACUUUCAGAUCAAAACGAGAAAGAAGUUAAUGAAGAGGAGAAGGAGGAAGAGAGUCCAAAGACUUCAGAGGAGGAAAAGAUUAAACGUGACGCGUUGGAUGAUCUCUAUACGAGUUUCGCCUCCUCUGAGCUGAUUUACAAUAAUCUGUCGACCCUCGCCAAGCCUCGGGAGAACACGGAUCAAAGUAGCCCUACACUCAACGUGUCCUCAGAGGUUAUAGAUGACGGAGAGGAGUCGCCUAAAGACAGCCCACUGCAGGUAGCAUCUCCAGAGCCAGACAGCAGAGAGGAGCCAGAAGAUUCUUCAGAAAACACGACCUCGUCUUCCUCACCCCCUCAGGUCGCCCCUCCCUCUCUGCCGCCUCUGACCAGCCCCCCCUCCCUGCCUGAGAUGGACUUCUUCCAUGCGGACCCUUUUACCGACCACGAUCCAUUCAAAGAUGAUCCGUUUGGAAAAACAGAAGUUCCAGAUCUUUUCGGAGAAGAUCCGUUCAAAGGCUCGGACCCGUUUGCUGCAGACUCUUUCUUCCAGGCCUCCAGCGUUCCCUUUCCCUCAGAGGACCCUUUCUCUGCCUCAGCUGACCCCUUCGGUACGACCACUGGAGUGCCAGAACCGGACCUGUUUGCAGCCAAACCCUCUGACUCAGCAGCAGCAGCUCCAGCAGCAGCAGCAGCAGAUCCAGAUCCGUUCAGCUCCACGGGGAAGAAUAUGGCCGACUCGGACCCGUUUGGAGGCAAAGUGAAUGCCACAGUGGAGGCGGAUCCGUUUGGUUCUCAGGACGGAGGCACAGAUCCCUUCGGCUGCCCUCUGCCCUCCUCUGACCUGGCCGUGAAGGACACUGCAGCAUCCAAUGACCCGUUUGCUCCUGGUGGGACGACAGUGAACGCCAGCUCAGAUCCAGAUCCAUUCGCUGCAGUGUUUGGUAAUGAGUCAUUCGGAGGGGGCUUUGCAGACUUCAGUGCUCUCACAAAGUCGAACGGAGCCGACCAGUUUGGCAUCAACAAUAAGAACCUGUUCCAGGAAGACAGCCAGUCCGUCGGCCCCGAUGUGCCCCCCGCCCUGCCUCCGAAAACGGGUACGCCAACCAGACCUCCUCCCCCGCCUCCAGGUAAACGGUCGUCCCUCUCCAGAACAGAGUCGCCCGAGUCCUUCCAGAGACGAGGGCCCUUCCUGCAGCAGCCUCCGGGAGACUUCCCCUCCUCCUCCUCACUGCCUGCCAAGGAUCCUUUAGCCGACCCCUUCGCCCCCUCCUCCCCUCCUCGUCACAACGCUCGGGAAACUGACCGAUUUGCCAGCUUUGACAAACAGUAUCCGACGGAGGAAGACAUGAUCGAGUGGGCAAAGCGCGAGAGCGAGCGGGAGGAAAAGGAGCGAGUUGCCCGGCUCACGCAGCAGGAACAAGAGGACCUGGAGCUGGCCAUCGCUCUCAGCAAGUCUGAACUCUCCUGAAGGACUCGUCGUCUUCCUCCUCUUCACCUCCUCUUCCUCCCCACCUUCCUCUGGCUCGGCUCGGCACAGCACAGCCAGGCCCGGCCCAGAAAAAAGAAAGCACCAAAGUAAAGUGGGGGACUGUACAGGACUGGUUCAGCAGCUCAACCCCCAUGAGAACAGAUUUCCUGGAUUGAUCCCCGCGGACUGUGUUCAUCGCUCACUGGCAUCGCAGUAUUUUGUGUGUGUGUGCGUGUGUGUGUGUGCGUGUGCGUUUUCCAUCACGUCGGUCGUGUUUCGGACGCCGAUGGAAAUGGAUGUUUCUGAAGAUUGUUGAAAAAUGAAAUGAUAGAGAUUUAGAGAUCAGCGCUCGUUGGUUUCCACAGCAGGCGACACAUGGCGCACAUUAACUCUCCAGAAUGUAAUUUAUUUAAUGCUCAGAAUUCAGAAGUCACUAACAGUACUCGUUACACUUUAUUAAAACACUUUAUAUCCACAUUGCGAGCCCCGAAAACCCAUGAAUUACCUUCCUUCGGGUUGUUAUCUGAAAUGUGAGACUGGGGAGAUACUGUAACAACAUUUAAAAGUGCUAGUCAGUCUUUUUUUAAACUAAGUGACAUUUGUAUUCCCGUAGAACAACAUUAGCCUUUGAGAUUAUACAAAAAAAAAAUCAGCAUUUCUACUUGUUGAAGUCCUCUGAUACGUGAAGUGCAUGUGCAGAUUUAUACCUAAAUUGAACAAAUCCACAACUACCACAUCGAGCUUUACAUACUUUAAUUUCAUUUCAUUCACCUCUGUUCUGUCCGUGUUAGAAAGUCUAUUUCUUUGGGAGAUUAUCACCGGAUUAGAAGCUGCAAUUAUCUCAUUUUAGAAUUACAUUUUAGCAUUAAAUUCCAGGACACAAUAAGGGAUCGCACAAGAACCACGUGCUUUUGAGGGAUACAAAUGAGAGUCUAAUACCAAAUACUUAUUGUUGUUUAAUUAGAAAGUAUGAUUACAUGGAACGUUUUAAUAAAGUGGCCUCAGAUAAAGGAAAACUAGUGAGUUUGGUUGUUUAAGAGGUUCAAAUAAUGACAAUUAUUGACCAUAAAUGAAUGAAAAUGAAUGUGUGAAAUCAUGUAUAGCCUGUUUACCGGCUCUGUUUAUGCCUACGUUAAAUGAAAAGUCAUAUUAGUAUUGUAAAUGUUGAUUUAUCCAGGGUUAGACACUUCUGUAGCAUGGAUGCUGGAUUCUUUUAUCAGAGAAGUCUGUUUAAAAACUUCCUCACAUAGUCGAUUUUCAUUUCCCAGAUCCCAUUUCAAUGUGUGUCUCUGUUGCUGCUUGUUUGGUCUGCAUUUAUUUACAAUUUCAAGUUUUUUUCAGACUUUUUUUCACUUUCUUUUUCAGCAGGUGCUUCCUCUCGUAUAAAAGGCUAAAUGUAUGUCGAAAUCUUGCACAAAAUCAGAAGAAUCGUUUUUGAUGGAGCAGUUUGUCCUAAGUGUGUGUACUUCAGGGUCUGUGGGGAUUUAGGGCACUGGUGUUGAAUCCACUCGUCUGUUAUCACACACUGUUUCUGGACAGAAGCUCUUGUUCUUGCUGGUUAUUUUGUGUUUUCCUCCAAGAAAAAUGAAUUGACACUAGGCUCUAAACUGUCAAAUGUUUCUUUGAACAAGGGAAGGCUCAGUUUAAGAGCAGGAGGCGUUUCCUACCUAAUUUCUUUUGCAGUUUUUUUACCAAACAGUGAACAAAACGUCUUCCUUUUCUGACUUGUCUUUUCUCUUCUCAGCCAGAAUGAGUCACAGCUUCCUCUUGUCAUGCACUUCCUUCUCUGUUUGUCUCUUGUCGUAGUUUAUUGUAAAUAGACGAGGAGUCUCUUGUUCAGUCGUACUACAGUUUAAUUGUCACAUUUAAAAGCCACCUGACGUUUGUACAGACUCCUUUUACAAAUCAAGAACCACUUAUAGGCUUACUCAUAAAGGCUUUUUAAAACUCGAGCUAUAACUGUAUUUUAUUUUGUAUUUUCUAACGUGUAAUAAAAAGAAAAUCAUUAUUUGGAUGUUUGGACAGAAUAUGUAAUGCAUUUAAUUGAAGAAUAAAUAUUAAACGUGUA